CUUGUUAUUGAUCGAAUGCUAACAGCUGAUUGUUUGACUUUCAGGGAGAAGCAGAGGCAGGAGAACCCGGGGAUGGCAUUUGGUGAGACGUGGCUCUACUUUGGAUGCCGACAUAAAGAGAAAGAUUUCCUUUUCAGGGAGGAGCUGGAGGAUUUUGUGUCCAAUGGUACACUGAACCACCUCAAAGUUUGUUUCUCAAGAGACAACGAGGAAGUAGAGGAGGAGGUCGCCCAGUCAUCCGCACGACCCAAAUACGUCCAACACAAACUGCUCUUGGACAGCAAGGCCAUAACCAGCAUCCUGCUGCAAGAAUGUGGCUACAUCUAUGUGUGCGGGGAUGCAAAGAACAUGGCCAAGGACGUGAACGACACACUGAUGGAGAUGAUCAAAACUGAACUCCAGGUGGACCAACUGGAGGCCAUGAAGACGCUGGCGCUGCUGAGGGAAGAAAAGCGCUACUUACAAGACAUCUGGGGCUGACUCUGCUGCCUGCUCUCAGAAAAAUCACUGCGCUCAGCUAUAACCUUUAGAUCCUUUAGAAAAAUAGUGGAAAAACUCUGCUAAAGCCAAGCCCAGAGGUAGUUUACACAGCACAACAGCUCAAAGAUGGACCGGAGCUUGACCUGGGAGUAAGGGUCCAUUACGUCACCUUGGGUAUUGCUGCGCCCAACACAAAUGACCUUGGCAGGCCAAUAGGGCUGCAGCUGAUUGUUCUAGCAGUGUGAGAAAGCUUUUAGCGUGGACAAGCCCUCACUCCUGUCCUUUCUAUGGAAAAGACAUUCACUUCCGUCGGCGCUGAUGGAGAGAUCUGGAGUGGAGUGAGAGAGGGGGGAGGAUAUACUUUCAGGCCGAUGGAAAACAACAUUUCAAUCUGAAGUUCUUUAUCGACAUACAAAGAGUCCGUAAGUGGUUAUUAUCGUUCAGGUGAAACACUUCAAGGCCUUUUUUUUUAAGCAGAUGACUGCUCACUGCCAGUUGAUGCACUUUUUACCUUAUUAAAAAUGAAGUAUUUUAAUAAUUAAUUCAUAUCACAGAAGCAACUAUGGACCUAUGGUUGGGGGUUAGUCUAGACAAUGACAAGCUGCUGUUUUUAGAUGACAAGAUUUUACGGCUAAUCUAUAAUCGUGAGUAUUUAAGUCACAAUAUAAUGUUAAGGACUGAAAAAUUAUAUUUUUGAGAUUUUUAACAACAAAAUUAAGUCAUUUCAAUUCAAUCUAUACUCCAGAAAAGUAAGUGAGUUUAUUUUCACAUGAACAUAAGGGAGGAGUAGAGAGUCUAUAAUUAUGAAUAAAUCGUGAUGAUUUUCCUAAUUAUAAUAACUUGAAUUUGUGACCCUUAUUGCUGAUAUUUAAAAACAGGCCAAGUUACAGUGGUUAUAGACAAUUUAUAGUCCCCUAUUUACACAUAUAUAUAUACAUGUGUUGAAAACACAUAGCAACACUAGGAGCGAUCCAAGAGACAGUCUUUGUGUUGGUGAAUCAAAUGCUCAUCCUUUAUACUGAGAGCAAAGGGCACUAACCUCUCUGCUCCCAACCGCCCACAUUUCUUAAUUUAGCAUAUUUUAUCAUUUAAAUGCACAGUUUAUGGCCUGAAUUUCAUCAUCAUCACAAAAUAUUGCACAUUUGUUCCGUUACUUUGAGCCUUCCUUCAACCUUGGGUUUGCAGGUCCUAGAAAAGUUUGCUUUUAAAGAACUGGCAGUCUCAAGUAAAUUUUUCAUAGAGUGGUGAGAACAAACACUGCUGAGCCAUGUGUGUCCAGAAAUGAAAAGAAAUAAAAUAAAAUAUCUCAACUUCUUU